UAGCAACCUCAACCGUAACAGUCCAAGUCAAGCCUGUAACUUAUCGAACCUUAUUGGAUGUUUCAUGCAACUUCCUGUGAGGACUUAAUUCAAUAACGUAUCCCCUCAGGCAUCCAUCUAUCCAUCAUACCAAUCCUCCAUAAGUCUUGCAAGUCUUAAAUAGCAGUUGUCUCUCUCUCUCUCUCACACACACACACACACAAAGUCUCUCAAAAACUAUGGAGAUGGAGACCUGGAGACCCGUCCUUGUCUUCCUACUCUUUCUUCCUUCUGUUCUCCUCUUCUGCAACUCGGCCAAUGCUAAGCGCUCUCCUCUCUUCCCUGCCUUCCUUAAAGCCGGACUCAAACAGUCUUCAGAUUCUGGUAGGGGGCUAUAUGAGACGAGGUACUUCACGCAGGGACUGGAUCACUUUGACUUCACCCCGCAGAGCUACGGAACGUUUCAGCAGAGAUACUUGGUGAACGACACGCACUGGGGCGGCAAGGGGGCGCCGAUCUUCGUGUACACUGGGAACGAGGGCGACAUCGGGUGGUUCGCACAGAACACCGGCUUCAUGUACGAGAUUGCACCUUACUUCCGGGCUCUCUUGGUCUUCAUCGAGCAUAGGUACUAUGGAGAAUCCAUGCCCUUUGGUGGCGAAGAGGUGGCUUAUAGUAAUGCAACCACUCUGGGCUAUUUGAGCUCAACGCAGGCACUGGCGGACUACGCAACGCUUAUCAUUGAUCUGAAGAAGAAUCUGAGCUCAGAAGGGUCUCCUGUUGUGGUCUUCGGAGGUUCUUAUGGAGGAAUGUUGGCUGCUUGGUUUAGGCUUAAGUACCCGCAUGUCACCAUUGGAGCCUUGGCAUCAUCUGCUCCAAUUCUCCAAUUUGAUGACUUGGUCUCCCCAUACACCUUUGACGACAUUGUCACAAAGGACUUCAGGAGUGAGAGUGAAAAUUGCUAUAAGGUGAUCAAAAAUUCAUGGAAGGAGAUUGAGGAUACUGCAAGUCAACCUGGAGGACUUGAAAAAAUUGAGAAGUCAUUUAAGUUAUGCAAAGGCCAAGGUCAAGGAGUGGAAAAUUGGAUCGAAAUUGCCGUAAUCUAUACCGCCAUGACAGACUAUCCCACAGCGUCGAAUUUUCUUGUUCCUCUUCCAGCUUAUCCUGUGAAACAGAUGUGCAAGGCCAUCGACAACCCAACGGCGGGCAAUGAUACAUUCGCAAGAUUAUACGGGGCGAUGAACAUAUACUACAACUACAGUGGGACUGAGACAUGUUUAGCUGCCGGUGGUGAUUCCGAUGAGCAUGGCAUGGCUCGUGGAUGGAGUUGGCAGUCAUGCACCGAGAUGACUAUUGUAGAAGGGGGUAGCAACAAUGAGAGCAUACUUCCACCAGCCACGUACAAUUACACUGAGCAAGCUGUGGCAUGCCAAAAUUAUUACGGUGUGGCACCCAGGCCUCAUUGGAUCACCACAGAAUUUGGAGGACAUGAUAUAAGAAGGGUGCUGAAACGGUUUGGGAGCAAUAUCAUUUUCUUCAAUGGACUAAGAGAUCCAUGGAGUGGUGGAGGUGUGUUGAAGUCUCUUUCCAACAGCCUGAUAGCCAUAGUUGCACCUGAAGGGGCUCACCAUGUAGACCUGAGAUUCUCAACGAAAGAAGACCCCAAGUGGCUCAAAACCGUGAGGACGAAAGAGACCAAGAUCAUAGCAGGGUGGCUUGAACAAUACUAUAGUGACUCAAGGAGCACCUAACCUUAUCAUUCCUCUUAUUAGUCAAAUCUCUUUUUCCUCAUACUUAGCUUUAUUUUCUGAAGCUUAAGCUCUACCAUAUCCUCUCAAUUUUACACAAGAACAGUAAGUGUCAAAUUCAAAUAAUCCUUGGUCUCCAUUUUCUUCAAAAAAAAAAAAAUCAAAUAAUUGCUAUGAGGCACUGAGGUUAGUGUUUAAAUCGGAGCUCUAUUAUUAGAAACUUAUAUUUUGGUAUGGAAUGCAAUUAUAUAAAGACUUCGUAGGACUUGAACUGU